ACAUCUGGUCCGAGACCAACGCGAGCGACUGUCACUGGCAGCUCCCUGCGCCUCUCAGCCCCGGCCGGGCCCCUGCGCUUGGCGUGCUGACACCAUGCUCCGCGUUCUGCUCCUUGGAGUACUGGCCCCCGCCGGCCUCGGGUUCCCCGUGCUCCCUGAAGCGCAGCCCCUAGGCAGCCAGUGCGUCGAGCAUGACUGCUUUGCGCUCUUCCGGGGCCCCGCGACCUUCCUCGCUGCCAGCCAGGCUUGCGAGCAUCUACAGGGCCACUUGAUGACCGUGCGCUCCUCGGUGGCAGCAGAGGUCAUCUCCCUGCUACUGAGCGGCGAAGGCGAUGGCCCGCGCCUCUGGAUAGGCCUGCAGCUCCCGCGCGAUUGCGUCGAGCCGCGGCACCGCGGAGCCUUGCGCGGCUUCCAGUGGGUUACAGGGGACAACCACACCAGCUACAGCAUGUGGGCGCGGCCACAGGGCGACGAGGAGCCCAUCUGCGGUACGCUGUGCGUCGCGGUCUCGGCGGCAGGGGCCCCUGUACCGGGAGAGCCAGCCUGGGAGGAGCAGCAGUGCGAAGCGGAGGCAGACGGCUUCCUCUGCGAGUUCCACUUCCCCGCCUCCUGCCAGCCGCUGGCUGUGAAGUCCGACGCCGCGGAGGCAGCCAGCUUCUCCAUCACCUACAGCACUCCGUUCGGGGCCCGUGGCGCGGACUUCCAGGCGCUGCCGGUGGGCAGCUCGGUCGCGGUGACGCCCCUUGGGGUGGAGCUGGAGUGCGCGGUGUGGCCCGGGGAGGCCCAGGCGCGCUGGGUCCGGGAGGCGCCGGGUGCCUGGGCCUGCGGCGUUGAGAACGGCGGCUGCCAGCACGCGUGCAACGGGAGCGCGGGGGAGUCGCGCUGCCUCUGCCCCGCCGACGCCGCCCUGCAGGAGGAUGGGCGUUCUUGCGAGGCGCCGGCGGAGCACCCGUGCCACCGACUCUGCGAGCAUAUCUGCUUCCACGACCCCUUGGACGCGCCCACCAACUACACAUGCUUUUGCGAGGCGGGCUACCGGCUGGCUGCCGAUGGGCAUCGGUGCGAGGACGUGGACGACUGCGCAGAGGUGCCCAGUCCGUGCCCGCAGAGCUGUGUCAACACACAGGGCGGGUUCCAGUGCCACUGCUUGCCCAACUACGAGCUCGUGGACGGCGAGUGCGUAGAGCCCGUGGACCCAUGCUUCGGCACGGACUGCGAGUACGAGUGCCAGGUGGUGGGCCGUACUGGCUACCGCUGCGUCUGCGCGGAGGGCUUCGCGCCCGUCCCCCACGCCCCGCACAGGUGCCAGAUGUUCUGCAACCAGACUUCGUGCCCUGCCGACUGCGACCCCAACAAGCAGGACAGCUGCCAGUGCCCUGACGGCUACAUCCUGGACGAGGGCUCCAUAUGCACGGACAUCGACGAGUGCAACAACGGCUACUGCCCCGGCGAGUGCCGAAACCUCCCCGGCACCUAUGAGUGCAUCUGCGGGCCCCAGCUGGACCUCGCCGGUCACGCCGGCACAGACUGCGACCCCAUCCAGGAGAACAGCCGCGAGCAGGGCGGCGGCGACGAGGACGUUGGCUCUGGAGAGCCUGCGGUGAGCCCGACUCCUGGCACCACCGCUCGCCCCUCGCCCGCCCGGCCCCUGCAUUCGGGCGUGCUGGCUGGCAUCUCCAUCGCCACCCUGUCUCUGGUCGUGGCGCUUUUGGCGCUUCUGUGUCACCUGCGCAAGAAGCAAGGCACCUCAAGGGCCGAGCUGGAGUACAAGUGCGGCGUCCCAGCCAAGGAGGUGGUGCUGCAGCACGUGGGGCAGAUGCCUCAGAAACUCUAAAGGGCCUCUCUCUUUGGCCCAGGCCGGUGGCCUUUCCCUCCCCUCCCCAGCCCUUCUCCCCAACACCCCAGCGCACUUUAGCUGGACUCAGAACUGGAGCCCCUCCCGGCUGGGGGAGGGGGGCUUGGAAGGAGUAUGGCCCCAGCCCCUUCCGUGAUGUCAAGGGACAAGUGGACAGAGGACCAUUUCAUAGGGACAGACUGCUGAGUGUCCCAUGCCCUCGCCAAGGGGCACAGGAGGGGUGAGCCUUAUUGGUUGGUGGUCUCUGGAGAGGACUUGAUCCCAGUGGACCUGUGUGUGUUAUUGACUGGUGGAUAAUGUCCAAGAUAUUUAUUUUUUAAGCAUUUAGGAUUUUUGUUGUUGUUGUUGUUCUUUUGGUUGUUUCCCUGCCCUUGUGUCUCCAACACUUAUUUUGUAUCCCUCCCUCCUUCUCUCCCUUCCCCUCUCUGUGUGUGUUAUGUCCUCCCACUCAGCAUGCCAGCCUCUGAACUGCCUUGGUGAAUGGCGCUUUCUUCAGCCCUCUGGAAGCUAUGAGGUCCAGCCCCAUUUCAUCCCUCUCAUUUCUCCCAAUUUCCCCUCCCAGGAACUCUGCCAACCCCCCUGAGCCACCCUGCCUGUGUCAGACCCUGCUUCUGCUCUUCGCUGUCUGUCUGGGCAGAACUGCUCUAAAAACACUAAAAAUAAGAGUGGUUGGGGAUUUGCUCUUGUACCUGAUUUGCUAAUUUAUCCUGAACUGUCAGGCUUCUGGAGCGAUAUCAUUUUAACAGAGGUUAAGAUGUGAAGGGCAUUUGUUAAACUCAUGUUGCUGGACCGGUCCUAGGAAUUUAGCCCCAGGAGAUUUUCACUUUUAUUUUUGAAACAAUGAACUUGGGCUUUAUUGUCGCUGGCGUUUUGAUUUGGACUGAAAAGGCGUCAUUGUUGUUAAGCUUCUUAUGCACGGUCUUUUCCCAUUAUUCCUAUAGUUAAGAGUCACUUUUGACAGUAUUGAAAAUGUUCGUUCACAUGGUUGCUCUAAGUUGAGAGAAGAUGGAAGGGCCUCCCAGGAGACAGUGGAAGAGAGUUUUGAGCUGCAGGAUUCUUGCCAAUGACCAUUUUGACUCUUCCAGUUCUUCCAAUUUGCAGCCCCAAAUAAAACCAGCUCAACCUGUUUUUUGGAUUUGGGAGCUUGGGGAUGGAGCCUGGAGCGUGCCCAACUAGGGCCUCACCUUCAUCAGGCCCUUGAGAAUUUCUCCUACUUCAAAGGGGCAUCCUAAGCCCAGCCAUUUGGAACAUUCGCCCUGGACCCUGGAGUAGAAGUGGGUUUGCCCCUGCCAACCGGUUAGGUUAGAAGGUUAGACGUGCAGACACUCCAGGCUCCAUCCCACCACCCGCAGGAGAAUGUGCAUUUUAACGAGGUUAGAAGCUGGGGUGGGUGGGGUGGGUGUGUCUGCUUAGGACAGUUUGAGGAGAGUGGUUCCAGGCAGCUUCCAACUUUCUGGAACAGAUUAACCAUGGAUCAGUAAGAAGUAGCAGCCAAGACAGGCCUUAUCUUGUCAACAAACUGAGGAAUUUUCAUCGAAUAAGUUUGCUUUCUGAUAGAAAAGCCGAGGUACACACCUUUAGACCGUUGCCACACAGGGUAUUUUGUUCAAGUAAGCUAAGAAUGAAAUGCUUCACGCUUCAGUGUAUGGAAAAAUCUGUCAUGUAUGUGUAGCUUUUGUAAUGCAAAGGUUUUCCUCUACAAUUUUGUAAACUCAGCAUAUUUGUACAGUUAUUUAUUUAUUGGAGAUAAACUAGAACACAGGCAAAACACUUGC